AGCGUAUGAAAUUAUAAUGGUCCGUGAUUCUAUGUGCGAUUAUCUUACACCCUAAACACAUUAAAUACUUUACAUGUUCCAAUUUUUUAAAAAAGAACCAUUUUUAAGGAACUUGGUGUUCUUUAACAACUUAUUAAAACAUUGUUAUAAAAGCGGAAUGUAUUGUUCUAUUGUUACUCACAAGACAAGAACGUGUCGUUCCCAUAGGGAAUUUGAUGGAAUUUAUGUGACGGUAUAUAUCGUUCCACUCUAUUUGUUCCGUUGAAUUCUUUCAUAUAUCAUAACGAUAAUAUAUGCGAAAUGAUUAUCUUGAGGAAUAGUUAUUUAAUUAUGAAUACUCUGCAGUCUAAUUUAUAUUGUGCCACUUGAAAUAAUUCCGUUUUCGCUGCUACCUUAACUCUGCUAUGGAGAGCGUCCUUCAUUAUAAAAAGGAAUUGUUUUAAUGAGAAGUUUCUCAACUAAUACUUUGUAUACGAAGUAAAGUAUAAGAGAACUUUAAAGAAAUCGGAAUGACAAAACGAGUCUUGCAAAAGCCUGCGUGGAAAGAGGCAUUGGGAGCCUCAAUGAGAUCGAAAAGGCUUACGUUAAUGCCUGAUAAAGAUAACCGCUUUUGUUGUCCUGUGGCUGAUUGUGACAGCGAGUCGUAUGGAAGUAAAAGAGGGUGUAGAAAACAUGUCUAUAACCGUCAUGGAUGGUUUUAUUAUUUCGAUAAAAGACCGAAUAUCGACGAAGUACUUCCCCACUUCAGUACGAGAAAUCGCAUAAAAGAUCCCCAAAGAAAGCGCGCCUCCACAUUUUCAAUGCCGUCUUUUGCUAAAACAUGUAAUUUGGCAGUUGCAUUUAGGACAUGGUUAAAAAGUCCAGGUGGUGGUAAAGAUCAUUCUCAGGCCGAUCAAAUAACUUGUAAAAUUAAGUAUGCCAAAUAUUGCUGCGAGGAUUCUCCUUCGAUUUUUUGA